AUGGAGAAGGACGCCGUAUGCAGCAACAGCAAGGGCGGUGGGGAAACACGGUUGGGGGUGGAAGCAAAUGAUGACCACAUUGGGUUAGCCAACACCAUCAAGUUGUUUCACUAUCGCCUACAGCAGCGCAUGUCAGCUGACACAGCUGUCUUACCGUUGGGGGUGGGGCAAAAAGAAGAGGAGGGGACACAAGAAAACGAGGAGGCGCGUUGGUUCCGUCUUAUAUCGGAGGAAGGACAAAAUAUGAAGGCCUACGCGACCGCGAUGCAUGAUAUUGCUACCCGUUAUUGGGACCCGUGCCAAGAGGGGAAGAAGACGACAGGACGUGGAUUCCCUUCCCAUGUUGCGUCUACAACUGGCGGAGUGACACUAGCCCGCUCUAGGCGUCCGCGGGGUACGAACCGAGAGGAAACUAGUAAUCAACUUGGACAGCCCACAUGUGGGUCACUGCGCUACAACGACCGCGUGGCGUACUCGUUGCACUGCGUGGCUGAUUAUUACCUCGGUAGCUGCGUACCGCUCGCCAAUAUCGAGCCGCAGUUGCAGAAGCGUCGUGAGACUCGUCCUUUAGACUCUUCUGAGGAAAGCAGUGACCCCCAGCAUUUCUCGGUGGCUCCAUGUAGUAGGAUCUAUGAACGCAUUCCCCGUAUUGCAACGACUUACAUAAAGGCAUGGCGCCGCGCCUUUUAUGCCGCUUGCGGCCGCCAAGCAACCGCAUCUGAAGUUGAAGCUGCAGCGUAUGAUGCGCUUACUCUGCAUGGCUAUGAGGGGGAAAAGAGUAACGAAGCUGAUACGAAUGCACUGUCAGAGCCUCUGCCUCAUAAGACUCUACGAUCAAACUACGCCCAAGGGAGAUUGAAGGGUGACUCGGCGGCAUCAUUGGCUGGUGUUUACAUGUCUUUGACACACGAUGCGGUAAGAAACUGUAGUUCCACUAGUAGUGGUGACACACCACUGCUACCUGCUCUGCCGCUGCAGGUGCUCGAUGUAGGCUCCUGCUAUGGCCCGUUUAGAGGAAAAGAGGUUACUAACGGGGUGUUGCAGGUUUCCCUAGAAGUGACAGCACUGGACCUGUGCCCCUUUGAGGGCAGUGGUGUCCUGCAAGCGGACUGGCUUGCUGUUCGCUUUUAUGAUGUGGGGGAGCGACGGAAGGGUGCGACCUCAGAAGCGGUGGAAACAGAAGACGGUGAUAGCAGCAAUGACAUAAAGUGUGCUACAGCGGCGAAUCCGGGAUCACUUGUCCGAUUCAGUGCUGACGCCGAUGGCGUGGGGAAAAUGCCUAGAGGGCCUCUUUGGGUGGCUCGUGGCCAAUUCGAUGCCGUGUUUUUUUGUCUGAUGCUCUCCUUCCUCCCGCAUCCUCGGUUGCGGUACCGCGCCUGUCUUUACGCUCACUUGGCCCUCAAAGAUGGAGGUUUGCUUGUGAUUGUGAGCACCCGUACGCAGUGCACCCGCCGUGGCUCCUGGAUAGACGACUGGAUUGCGUGCAUUGAAGGAAUAGGCUUCAAACGGGUGCACAAGCACAUCAUGGGGCAGAUUGUGGGGAUGAGCUUCAGCAAGCAGGCGCCGCCGGAUAGUGCGGGCGACACAGCAGCGUGGAUUAGGGGUAUGAUGGAUCGCCCUGAGGCAGAGGGCGGCCUGCGCAUCCUCGGAGACGAGUCCCGCUAA